AUGACGGAGCUCUGCAACAUUCGCGCCCACGAUAUCGUCAAUUUCGUCGAGCAGGACAUCGAGGUCGAGAAGAAGGAAGUAGAGGAGGAGAAAGAGGAAGGACACGGACACGGUGGACAUGGUGGCCAUGAGGCCUGGAAGUAUAAGACGUACGAAUGGGAGGGCAAGGAAUACGGAGAAUAUCACGGAAGGUGA